UGCUGCCUCCGGCUCCGUGCAGCUCUCUGUGAUCACCUGCUCCCGCUGCAUGAGGAAGGUGGGACUGUGGGGUUUUCACCAGCUGGAGUCUGUGGGGCAGGAGCUGGACUCCUGCAGCCCCAGCAGCUCUCUGCCAGCGCCCACCGAGCGCUCACCACUCGUGCCCACGUCUCCGCGCAGGAUGCUCACACGGAGCCAAGACACACUCCCUCCAGGCUCUGAGCAGCACGAGAAGAGCCCGUCCCCAGCAAUCUCUCGCCCACGGGGUUGGGACUCUCCUAUCCCCAUGGACCGGAGUGAGUUGGAAGUGACCAGCCCCAGUUUGAGGAGCCGCCCCAUCACCCGCAGCAUGGGGCAGGGGGACAAUAUGGAAGUGCCAUCCAGUCCUCUCCGUAGAGCCAAGAGGGCACGGCUCUGCUCUUCCAGCAGCUCAGACACUUCUUUGAGAAGCUUCUUUGACCCCAGCUCACAGCAUCGUGACUGGUGUCCCUGGGUCAACACAGUGGAAGGAGGUGAAACCCUGGAGGAUACCACAGCCCAGAUGGAGAAGGAGCCUGUGAAAGCAGAGCCAGGCUGGAGAGUGGUAUUGGACACCCUCCUUGCCACCAGGAAGUGUGACAGAGUCCCCGAGACGGAGCCUGUG